UGGUUCCAAGUUCAUUUUUAAUCAUUUAAUGCUAAUUAGUUAUUUCAUGCAAUGCAGUAUUCAGUUUCAACACUGUAAUCAGUAAUGUUGUAAGAAUAGAUAUCGCCUAUAUAAAACCUUUUUUAGAAGUAAAACAAUUUUCACUACUAUAUUGUUGUUUAUGAUAAAUAAUAGUUCAGUGUUGUUAUUUUUUCACAAUACAGCUAUUUUAUAAACAAAUCAUAAAAAUUGUGACUAAUAUGGCAAUUGCUAUUACUAACAUAGAAUCUCUUCGCUUAGCAAAUAAUGACUUUGCAACAUCAUUAUACUCUUUGACAAUUAAGCAACCAAGAUGGCAAUAUAAUAUUCUCUCCUUUUAGCAUCCAUGUGGUCAUGUUUAUGGCUAGCAUUGGAGCUGCUUCAAAGACAUUUAAUGAAAUGUUCAAUGCACUACAUAUAUCUAAAAACAAUGCUACUGAACUACUAGAGUCAUAUCAAAAUAUUUUGAAAAACUUCAAAGAUCAAGAUGAGAUUAAAAUAGCAACUGGAUUAUUUGCUGACAAUUCAUUCAAAUUAAACCAAAAGUAUUUAAAUAAUAUAAGUAAUUAUCUUCAAGCCACUACAGAAAGACUAAACUUUGCAAGUAGUCCAGAAGAACAACGUCUAUAUAUUAAUAAGUGGAUUUCAAAAAAAACAAAUAAAAAAAUUCAGGAAUUAUUGCCCGCAGAUUCAGUAACUUCUGAUACUGCUUUGGUGUUAGCAAAUGCUGUACAUUUUAAGAGUGGAUGGGAAAUAAAAUUUGAACAAGCUAAAGAUGAACUAUUUUAUUUGACUCCUAAUAAAACAAAAAAAGUUAAUAUGAUGAGCCUUGAAAAUCUUCAGCUUCAAUAUUACCAUGACAAUGAGUUGAAUUAUUCUGCACUUCGUUUAGACUAUUUAGAUUUGAAGUUUAAAAUGGUAAUAUUAUUACCUGAUGCGAUUGAUGGAUUAAGAAACUUAGAAAAUCAUUUAUCCAAGAUUAGAUUUAGUGUACUCUUAGAAAAUAUGGAUACUUUUGAAGUUAGUGUUAAAUUGCCAAGAUUUAAAUUGGAAAAAUCCAUUGAUCUUAAAAAUGUACUAGUUGAACUUGGAUGUUCUUCAAUGUUUUCUGGAGAUGCAAACUUUUCUGAAAUGUAUAAUCGCACUGAGAAACCUUUAUUUGUUAGCAGUGUUAAUCACAAAGCAUACAUUGAUGUUAAUGAGCAAGGAACAGAAGCUGCAGCUUCUACUGGUAUUAUUAUGGAAUUGUAUUCAUCAUUCCAUCAAGUCAAUUUCAUUGCAAAUCAUCCAUUUAUUAUUGCUGUUAUUAGUGACAAGAAUGAUGUCAUAUUUAUGGGAAGAGUUCAAAAUCCUUAAACUUAAGAGACUGCAAACUACAUUUUUUAUUUGAAUAAACUUUGUGUUAUUAUUACAGUAAUAUUAUAUUUAUGUGACAAAUAUAGUUGUAUUUUGUACACUAUAA